AUGGACAUCCAGCUGGUGCAGCAGCCAGCAAAUAGCCCAGAUUUGAAUGUCAAUGAUCUAGGGUUCUUCAACUCCAUCGAAUCUCUAACAGACCGUAGAAGCCCUAGAACACUAAACGACCUCAUUCGUGAUGUGCAGGAAGAGUUUGUUGCAUAUGAUGCGCCUACCUUGAAUAGAAUUUUUGUAUCUCUUCAAACUUGUAUGACUGAAGUACUGAACAAUAGUGGAGGCAAUGGGUAUAAAAUGCCUCAUUUGGGCAAGAUAAGCUUGGAAGCCCAAAAUCUGCUACCUAUCAGCAUUCCUUGUCCUGCUCUAGUUUAUGAAAAUGCCCUGAAGGCAGUAGCAAAGGCACUGCAAGCCGAAGAAGAAGCAAAACAAGAAGAAGCUCGCAAGAAAGAAGAAGCAAAGAAAGCAAGAGAGGAAGAAAAGCAAGAAGAAGCUCGCAAGAAAGAAGAAGCAAAGAAAGCAAGAGAAGAAGCAAAACAAGAAGAAGCUCGCAAGAAAGAAGAAGCAAAGCAAGCAAGAGAGGAAGAAAAGCGAGAAGAAGCUCGCAAUAAAGAAGAAGUAAAGAAAGCAAGAGAAGAAGAAAAACAAGAAGAAGCUCGCAAUAAAGAAGAAGUAAAGAAAGCAAGAGAAGAAGAAAAACAAGAAGAAGCUCGCAAGAAAGAAGAAGCAAAGAAAGCAAGAGAAGAAGCAAAACAAGAAGAAGCUCGCAAGAAAGAAGAAGCAAAGCAAGCAAGAGAGGAAGAAAAGCAAGAAGAAGCUCGCAAGAAAGAGGAAGCAAACCAAGAAGAAGCUCGCAAGAAAGAAGAAGUAAAGAAAGCAAUAGAAGAAGAAAAGCAAGAAGAAACUCGAAAGAAAGAAGAAGCAAAGAAAGCAAGAGAAGAAGCAAAGAAAGAAAAGGAAGAAGCAAGGAAAAGCAAUCAAUCUAGAAAGCGCAAGAGAAAAGAAGAAACACCUACAGCAGAAGCAAGCACAAGCACAAGCAAAAAAGCGUAAGCAACACAAGCA